AUGGCAGCGUUGGAAGACGAGUUUGAAGAUGCGCCUGAUGUAGAACCUUUAGAACCAACAUUAAAAAAUAUUAUCGAGCAGAAAUCUUUAAAAUGGAUAUUUGUCGGGGGGAAAGGUGGUGUCGGUAAAACGACGUGUAGCUGUAGUUUGGCUGUCCAGCUGGCUGCUGUCAGAGAGAGUGUCCUUAUCAUCUCUACUGAUCCUGCACAUAACAUCUCCGAUGCUUUUGACCAGAAGUUCUCAAAGGUGCCUACAAAAGUCAAGGGCUAUGACAACUUGUUUGCCAUGGAAAUUGAUCCAAGCUUGGGAGUCGCAGAGCUGCCUGAUGAGUUCUUUGAGGAAGACAACAUGCUCAGCAUGGGAAAAAAGAUGAUGCAGGAAGCCAUGAGCGCCUUCCCUGGCAUUGAUGAAGCCAUGAGCUAUGCCGAGGUCAUGAGGUUAGUUAAAGGAAUGAACUUCUCCGUGGUUGUCUUUGACACCGCACCUACUGGCCACACGCUCCGCCUGCUUAACUUUCCUACCAUAGUGGAACGUGGUUUGGGCCGACUCAUGCAGAUCAAGAACCAGAUUAGUCCGUUCAUAUCCCAGAUGUGCAACAUGCUGGGGCUGGGUGACAUGAAUGCUGACCAGCUGGCGUCAAAGCUGGAAGAAACACUUCCUGUUAUCCGUUCUGUUAGUGAGCAGUUCAAAGACCCUGAGCAAACCACAUUCAUUUGUGUGUGUAUCGCCGAGUUCCUGUCCCUGUAUGAAACAGAGCGGCUAAUUCAGGAACUGGCAAAGUGCCGUAUUGAUACGCACAACAUCAUUGUCAACCAGCUUGUUUUUCCCGAUGCUGAGAGACCGUGUAAAAUGUGUGAAGCACGCCACAAGAUUCAGUCCAAGUAUUUGGACCAGAUGGAGGACCUUUAUGAAGAUUUCCACAUAGUCAAAUUGCCUUUGUUACCCCAUGAAGUUCGGGGUGCUGACAAGGUCAACACAUUCUCCAAGCAACUUCUGGAACCCUACAAACCACCAAAUAAGUAA